CGAGAGUCGUUCUUGGAUGUCAAACCGAACAAAACAGCCAGCACCACUUAGUGCUUCGAAGAGCAAGUGACAGGUAGAAGGUUGUUGUCGUUGUUCUGUUGACGGGGGGACGGGAACUUGGUUGACCUGGCUACUAAAUCGCACUGCAGGUCCCCCAAAACGUGGGGAAUCUACACUGAUAUCGGUUAUAGUCAGUGUCGGUGUGUGUCUAGUGGUGCUAGUGAGAGUGAAAAAUUCGGAAAUACGAAAUUGUGAAUAUGGCACACAACCAGGACGAGGCCAAACAGGUAUUGAGAGUGGACCAGGAUUCUGAAACUGAUCUCCAAGCUUUGUUUGACACUGUCUUAAAACCGGACUCUAACAGACCACUACAGGUGCCAUGGAGCAUGCGAAAACUCCCAGAUUCUUUCUUUAAUCCUCCGUCAACUGGGUCUAAAUCCAUCAACCACUCUCGUGAAAAUUCCGUCGAUUCUGCCUUUGGCAAUGGCAAUUCUGGCCCUGUAAAUUCAGUUCCUCUUCAGACAGCUCAUCACAGGGCACAUAGUUCGCCUGCAUCUUUGCAACAAACAUACGCCGUUGGGCAACAACAAGCCCCAACACAUCAUCACAUUAAACAACGAUCAUACGACGUAGCCAGUAAGAAUGAAGACAAUACACCCCUGCCCCCAGGUUGGGAACAAGCACGCACCCCAGAAGGGCAGGUGUAUUAUUUAAAUCACACUACAAGGACAACAACCUGGGAAGAUCCUAGGAAAUCCCUAGCAGCAACCCAGCACCAAAGUUCUGAGCAUCUAUCUCCUCAUCAAGUUCAUACUUCACCUACAUCUACUAAUGCCAAAGUGAAUAGCGAUGUAGAACUGGGGCCUUUGCCAGAGGGCUGGGAGCAAGCACAAACUGCUGAAGGCGAAAUUUACUUCAUCAACCACCAAACUAGGACGACGUCUUGGUUUGAUCCCCGAAUACCUCAGCAUUUGCAACAAAGGACUCCGACCGGUUUGCAGCCAUCGUGGCAUUCGUCGGUAGCUUCUUCGCCUCAAAGGGCUCAGCAAAUCAGGCUGCAACAGCUUCAAUUGGAAAGAGAGAGACUAAAACAAAGACAACAAGAAAUUCGGAGGCAACAGGAGAUUAUGAUGAGGAGUUCGUCUACCGAUUUGCCCGUCAUGGACCCGUUCUUGUCUAGUCUUACAGAUCAUUCUCGUCAAGAAUCGGGCGACAGUGGGCUCGGAAUGGGUACAAAUUUUUCAAUGCCUAAUACACCAGAAGAUUACUUGGCCAAUAUAGACGACAAUAUGGACGUUACAAGUGAGAGCCAUACGCUUUCCUCUGACUUAACCUUAAGUAACCCUAUAGAUUCUACAGAUGAUUUGGUCCCUACACUCCAGUUGGUGGAUGAAUUCCCUAUCCUAGAUGACGUCCAGUCGUUAAUAAAUCCAUCCACUACCAAACCCGAUAACAGCCUAAUUUGGCUGUAGUUAAUUAAACCCUUUAGUUAACAGAUCGUUAUUACCUGUAUCCAGAGAGUAUCCAGGGUGUACUUUCAUUUUACCAGUGAAAAUGUAUCUGUUAAAGGUAAGUAUGCAAAAAUGUUGACGGUACAGGCCGACCAGUAUUGCAUACUAAAAUGAAAAUAUGCAACUCAAAAAAAGAUGUAUUAUUUUACCUGUCAGUUCCAGCGGAAAUUGCAAUAUGGUUUAUUUAUUGUUCGAGUAAUCGAGUAAAUUUUAAGUUGUGGUUUAUCUUCAAAAUUCACGUUAACUCGUUUCUUUUUAGCAAUUCUAGGGUGCUACCGUAAAUCCCCCAUUUUCGUAUUAUUAUGUUUUAGAUUUUAAGCAUAUAGUGUUAUAGUUCAGUUACGUGUUGUGAAGUAAGUAAGGUUACUAUCGCUAAAAUUUUAAUUAAUUGUUACCAAUUUUGUAUCUCGAUGUGGUGCUGGAUUUGUCGUCGGCAACAUGGCGGAAAAUCUAGCGCCGACGCAUUUUUUAAGCUGUUGCAUUUUGGAUAGUUUUUUCUUUACGUUUUUGUUGGCAACUUUGAAUACCUUGCGUCGUGUACCGCCAUAUGUAGGGUGUCCAAAAACGUGUCGCUAAUGGUAAGCGAAAUAAUAUGGCUUGUAUCUACACUACACUACACACUGCUGAAAAUCAACUUUCUUGAACCUGAACCGAAUGAAAUGUAAAGUAUGCAUUUGGUUGUUCUUUUUUUCGUAAAAAAACUGUAAAUCUAUAGAACUGGUAAACCAAAAAACCCAGGCCUUUAGGGGUUGCCCUGGACACUCUGUAUACGUGCGAUCAUUAAUUUUGAUGCGCAAGGAAUUUGAUUUGUCCUGCGACGCCGAAAGAGCGAUAUAAAAAAUUUCCAUGUUGCAGCUCUGUGCAAUAAAAAGCUCAGUAUUAACAGAGGUGGCUAAACACAGGGAGAGUGGAAUCAAAGUGGCUUAACUUAAAUGCGAAAGAGCUGAAACUUAUUCUGACACAUCACUUACCUUUGCGCAGAAAAGUAAUUGAUGUAAUGAUGGUUUUUUAGCACGCGGAAACAUAAAUGAAUAAUUCAAUAUAUAAAAAUAUUAAUGCACUACCUGCUCCUUAAAGGAGCGGUUAAGUUGCAUUUGUUUGUGAUUGUUAUUUUGAUUGAGGUAACAAUAUAUGAUGCUCAUACAAAACCGAUCCAUCCAAUAUGGUGCCUUUAUACAUGUAAAAUUAUUAUAGAAAUUUCUAUAUAUAACAAUUGUUUCCCCUUUUAAGCUCUAAGCUAUAAGUUUUAUUAUACAGUCUUAAUAUAUUACAUUUUACUAACAAUUUUAUUAACAGUGCCUUUGAGAGACUUUUGCGUUAGAUGAAAAUCUUGUACACACACUUAUAAAUUAAACCAAGCAAACGGCCAGCCAUGGGCAUAACAAAAUGUUGGGUUUCACACUGCUAUAAAGCUACAGCACAAAGAGUGAUUUUAAGGCGGUAAACCAGAACAAUUUGCCACCUUUUUGUGUGUAUAAAAGAGGUGACUUCUUCGCAAUAAUGAACGAAUGAACCCGAAAGCUGGGUUUCAUUAAACUAUGUGGAACCCCACAUUUAUUAGUCGUGUGCUUUGCGAUAAUUAUAAAAUAUUUGCUUGACGUUUAUAUAAAUCGAGUUAGAUUUUUUACCCUUGCAAAAAUCGUGCACCGCUAUGGCUCGUUUGGAAUUUGCAGCAAAUGUGCACUAAGUUAAACAAUAACGCAGAGUUUUGAAGCAAUAAGUGUAUCGCAAUUAGAUUUUAAAAAAAUACUCGUAAACGAACCUACUGCUCAAACAAAAAAACUUGGCCUUCACCAUUAUUUGGAACUUUUAAUCAAAUUUUACUGUGAUAUUUUAAUAUGUACGGAAGAUCGUUUAGUAAAUGUUUAAAAAAAACUGUAUAAAAGCUAUAUCAACCGUCACUUAACUUUUUUUUAUCAAAACGUCAAAAUUGAUUUUAUAACGAGGCAGAUAUGUAGGUAAUUUUUAGUUAAGAAAUAAUUUUUAUUUUCCUUUUUUUAUAUUUUUCUAUGUAAAUUUAUUGUCACCUCACUAUACAGCCUAAUACACAUUUAAUUAUUAUUCGAUUAUUAUUGUAUCGUAAAGCGUAAAUAAGGUCUAAAUUAUAAUGUAAAGUGUCUUUAAUUUUUAGGUUGAUUUUAAACUGUAUAUUUUUAAUUAUUCUGGAUAAACUUUAGACCGAUGACAAUUGUUUCAAGACAUUUUUUCAGUUGUAGCAUCCAUAAAAAGCAAAUAUUUUGGUAUUAUAUUGAUUAUUUAUUGCUAUUACUUUGAUUGAUUGCAUUUUGGGUGCUUAGCCUCUAUUUAAGAGGUGUGAUCCAUUAACAGAAUCAAAAUUGUUCAUUGUUCAAUCAAUAAUAAUGUGAGGGUUUUCUUAUAGAAAUAUUUUCGGGGUUGCUUUUGUAAGAAGAAAACCUCAGAAAAGUGGUGUUCGUUUUUUUAGUGGCGUCAAUAAAUGUCCGCCAAAAUAUGCAGAGAUUCCGCACGAACGCCACUGGUGGAAAUAAAAAAAAUCUUAGGUAUCAAAAUCGCGUUUUUAAAUAUUGAUAUUUAAUUUGAAAAUACAUAUAAGGGAAAAAAGGACUUGAAUUAUAAUGGGCAUUAUAACUGUUUUUUUUUUGUUUCAAUUGUUCCGUCGAGAUUAUCCAGACUUGUAACAUUUGAAUGAACUGAUAACAAAUAUUUUAAUUUACAUACAUUUUAUUUACAAUUUUAUUUUAUAUGUGAGAUUGGUAUUGUAUUUGUUUAUUGUUAAUUUGUAUGACAAUACUGUAAAUAUAAUUAAACAAAA